UCUCUGCCUUUGCGUCGCAGUUAUUACAAAGAUCCCGAGAAAACUGCUGAGGCUGUUGACUCUGAAGGCACGUGGCUUCCAAAUGGCAUGCUGCGCAUAAUCGAUCGUCGCAAACACAUUUUCAAGCUAAGCCAGGGCGAAUAUAUUGUACCGGAGAAGAUUGAGAAUAUUUACACUCUGAGCCAAUAUGUAAAUCAGGUGUACGUUUACGGAGAGAGCCUUAAGAGCUGCAUCGUAGCCGUCGUCGUGCCUGAUGUGGAUGUUCUCAAGCAGUGGGCGAGCGACAAUCGCGUCAAGGGCACACUUUCGGUGUUAUGCAAUAAUCCACAAGUAAAAGAACGCAUCAGGAGCGAUAUGCUGAAUUGGGGUAAGAAGAGCGGACUGAAAUCCUUCGAACAGGUCAAGGAUAUAUAUUUGCAUCCCGAUCCGUUUUCGGUACAAAAUGGACUACUCACACCAACAUUCAAAGCGAAGCGGCCACAAUUGAAGAGUUACUUUAAGCCACAGCUGGACGAUAUGUACAAACAUUUGGAUUAA